CACCUUGGAAAGCAGGGGGGAGCUGUUGCUUCUAUAUUGGGGAUGCCCCACCCUGGAUUCCACAAAGAAGGGAAAGUACAUGGUGGUGUGCAGGCGGCUGUAGUUCUCACAGAGAUGGACUACGGACAUUUGACGCAGACCAGCUAAAACUAGCGAGAAGGCUGGUCUUGUCUCUGCCUUUUCCAGCACACUUAGCAAGCGGAAGAGUCCAGGAAACUCCCCAGCAGCCCCUGGCACCGGGUCUUCUUGCAUCUAGCUGCAACAAAAUCUGCAAAAAUUCUCUGCUGCAAGGAAACUAGAGUGAUGUCAUCGGAGGAUGAUACUGGUGGGGAAGCAUCCGGUGGUAGUUUCUGGGAGCCUGGCAACUACAAGCGGACAGUGAAGCGAGUGGACGAUGGCAACAGACUGUGUAAUGACCUCAUCUCCUGCUUCCAGGAAAGAGCCAAAAUCGAGAAGAGCUAUGCCCAGCAGUUAACAGACUGGGCCCGCAAAUGGAGGAAUACUGUGGAGAAGGGCCCUCAGUAUGGCACACUGGAAAAAGCCUGGCAUGCAUUCCUGACUGCUGCAGAUAAGCUCAGUGAGAUCCAUCUAGAAGUACGGAAUCGCCUGGCUGGUGAAGACACAGACAAGAUAAAGGCAUGGCAGAAGGAAGCCUACCACAAGCAGAUGAUUGGUGGCUUCAAAGAGACAAAAGAAGCAGAGGAUGGAUUCCGCAAGGCUCAGAAGCCCUGGGUGAAGAAGCUGAAAGAUGUGGAAACUUCAAAAAAGAAUUACCAUGCUGCUCGGAAAGAAGAGAAGACUGCACAGACACGAGAGAAUCAUGCCAAAGCAGAUUCUACCGUCUCACAGGAACAGAUGCGUAAACUUCAGGAGCGUGUGGAGAAAUGUGUGCAAGAAGCAGAGAAGUGCAAGGAUCAGUACGAGAAGAUGCUGGAGGAGUUGAACCGAUACAACCCUCGCUACAUGGAAGACAUGGAGCAAGUUUUUGAAAGCUGCCAGGAGGCAGAGUGUAAACGCUUGUGUUUCUUCAAGGAGAUGUUUUUGGAUCUGCACAACCAUCUUAACCUGUCUACCAAUGAGAGCUUCCAUGCACUUUACCAGGAUCUGUAUCAGGGAAUAAUGGCUGCAAAUGACCACGAGGAUCUGAAGUGGUGGCGCAAUGUCCAUGGGCCGGGCAUGGCUAUGAACUGGCCUCAGUUUGAGGAAUGGUCUCUGGAGACACAGCGACCAAUCAACAGGAAGGAGAAAAGUGGGAAAAGUAAUGAGGAUGUGACCUUGACCAGUAUUGUGCCAGCCGGGGAUGGAGUCAAACAGACCCCUCCACAGACAAAGCAAAGGUUUUCACACCGAGAAGAGCAAAACAGCCACCUCUAUGAUACCCUGAGGGCCUCAGCAUGUAUGAAUGGGGGCAAAGAAGAUAUCUCGGAGUGGUCAGAUGAGGACACUCCAAAGAAGUGCCUGGAGGUCAAUGGGCAUGAGGAGGACAUAAAGGUACCAGGCGUACGGGUGCGAGCACUGUAUGAUUACGCAGGACAAGAGGCUGAUGAGCUGAGCUUUAAAGCAGGCGAAGAGCUAAUGAAAAUCAGUGAAGAAGAUGAACAGGGUUGGUGCAAAGGCCGGCUUCAGACUGGUCAGGUUGGACUGUAUCCUGCUAAUUAUGUUGAGAAGAUCAUUUUGUGAUUGCUUACUUCCCCCCCCCAACCCUUUUAAGGUGUGCGUCUUGCGUGCAAUUCUGCCAGAGGCCACUAAAUCAUUGGCCUUCCACUCGCAUUGAAAACCAUGUGCAGCAUGGACUGCUUGAGGGCCCUCUUCUCUUGUAACCAAUGCUUCAUUUUAAACUUCUAGAAAUAUGGUGAUUUUUCUAAUAAAGAUGUAUACGAUUUUCUGAAUCUGAGUGUUGUAAGGGAUUGAUGGUGGAACAGGGACACUACAUGGCAAACGGCUUGAAAACCUUUUUUUGCUUAAAGAAACAAUGAGAAGACAACAACAGAUCUCUUGUAGCUGGACAAGAGGAUCCAGCCCUGGUCCUUGAAGCCAACAGUGAUUGUUUUAGAAACCCUCUGCAAAAAUGGCAGCUCUUUUGAAAUUUACUCCACAACUCAAACCCAGCUGGCCAUUUUGGCUGCAUACCCACCACUCCUGCUGGAAAUACAGUGAUCACCAACCAUGCAUCCAUAACCUAUUAUCAGCUUUUAUUACUGUCUUGCUGAGUUUUCCACCACGCUUUCAGUACAGAACAAAUGAAUAAGUUGCAGUACAAUGCUGUGCAGAGUUAGUCCAGUCUAAGCCCAUUGACUUUAAUGUACUUAGAAUGGAGUAACUCUGUUUAGGGUUGCAUUGUUGGACACCUUCCCUAAUUCCUGUGGUGUCCUGAUAAAUAUUUUUGAAAUUAAAUACCUUGUAAGGAUCCUGAAUUAAAGUGAGAUGUACUGCAAGAUCUUUUGUAGGUAGAGUUUCUUGGUUUCUGUGCUGAUAGGGGAGGAAGGCUGGGGGGAAAAACCACAGGAGUUAUACAAUAUAGGAAAGGGGCAGAAAAACACACUACAAAGAGAGGAAGAUGACAAUCAGUGCUCAACUUCCUGUAUGCUGCAGAAAAACUGUCAUGGCUUUUGGUGGAUGAAAGAGAGACUCGAUUUGGGACUAUCGUGAUGAAAUUCCUUCUCUGGGUAAAAAAACAAAAAUGUGUUGCAAAGCUUACGUUGGACAAAGAUUCAGGAACUGGCUGAAAGAAUUAGAAAAAUGCUAAUAGGAAGAAAACGACUUUGUGAAUAAAGAUGUGGACAGGUCUGCACAAUCUGGAUCAACUGGUUUGUAAAGUCAACAUUUUUCUAGAUGCUUUCCAUGCCUCUUAUUAUUUAACAAUUAAGUUCUUAAGGUCUUUGUGAUGGUACUG